CUCCAGUCGCCAUAUUGGGCUGCAACUACCCAUACUUGAGUGAAUUCAGCCAGUUCUGGCUAGUGAGCUGCUCCAUAGUGUACCUUGGAUGUAUUACAUUAUAUUUAUUUAAAUGGCGUUUCAGUGUCAAAGGGACUGUUACAUGCAAGAGUUUGUCACCUCAGUGGUGGCCUGCUCACCAGGUGAAAUGAAACAAGAAAUCAAUGGGAAGAAAGAAACCGUUAAAGGCUUCAAUGUCAAGCUCCAAGACACCAUAUUGUUUCCUGAGGGAGGUGGUCAGCCAGAUGACCACGGACUGAUUGGAGAUGUGCCGGUGCUGCGGGUGACGAGGCAGGGAGCUGAGGCUGUGCACUUUGUGAGUUCAGCCCUUAAAGUGGGCCAGGAGGUGCAGCUGAAGGUGGACUGGGAGCGCAGGUUUGACCAUAUGCAGCAACACUCAGGGCAACAUCUAAUCACAGCUAUUGCAGAUUCCAUGUUUGGGUACAAGACCACAUCCUGGGAGUUGGGGCGUCAGCGCAGCACCAUAGAGCUGGACACUCCCUCCAUGAAACCUGCCCAGAUGGAGGCCCUCGAGGCAGCAGUCAAUGAGAAGAUUCGUGCUCAUGUCCCAGUCGCUGUUCAGGUCCUCUCCUUAGACGACCCUGCAUUGGAAAAGGUGAGGAGUCGUGGUCUCCCGGACGACGCAGCGGGGCCUAUCCGGAUCAUCGACAUCGAGGGCGUUGAUGCCAACAUGUGCUGUGGGACCCACGUGUCCAACCUCAGUCACUUACAGGUCAUAAAACUCCUGGGGACUGAGAAAGGAAAAAAGAACAAAACCAAUCUGUUAUUCCUAGUGGGCAACCGGGUCCUGAAGUAUGCUGAGAAAAGCUACAGCACAGAACGCUCACUGGUGUCCCUCCUCAAAACGGGACCAGAUGAUCAUGUUGAUGCAGUGGACAAGAUCCAGAAGACUGUUAAGGGGCUACAGAAAAGUAACCUGGGCUUACUGAGAGACAUGGCUGUUCUAAUUGGCCAGAACUUCAAGAGCAACCCAGAGAGAGGCAACUUCUUCACCUUACACAAGAAAGAGGGUGACAAUGAGUUCAUGAGCAUAAUAGCCAAUGAAAUAGGCACUGAGGAGACGUUGGUGUUCCUGACUGUUGGAGAGGAGAAGGGACCAGGGCUGUUCCUGCUGGCAGGACCCAGUGGGAAAGUGUCUGAACUGGGACCACGAGUGCUGGAGAUGCUCCAGGGCAAAGGGGCUGGGAAGAACGGGCGCUUCCAGGGCAAAGUCAACAGCAUGGCACGCCGAGGGGAAGUGGAGACCCUAAUACAGGAACACUGCAAGAACGAGCAGUAAUGGAUGACUGGAGUGUAUGAACACCUUCCUAAUAUUGAGUUGCUUUGUCAUUAUGGGGUAUUUUGUGUAGAUUGAUGAGGGGGAAAAAACCAAUUUAAUCCAUUUAGAACAGCCUAAAUUAAACAUGUCUGCUACCCUUCAUCUACACUGAUUUGAAGUGGAUUUAACAGGUGACAUCAAUAAGGGAUCAUAGCUUUCAUCUAGAUUCACCUGGUCAGUCUGUCAUGGAAAGAGCAGGUGUUCCUAAUGUUUUGUACACUCAGUGUACAUUUGUUACUUUUUUGGCUAUAUCGUAUAAAUUCAUGAAAACAAAAAUAAGCUUUUUGGGCUUAAUUUAAGGUUAGGCAUUAGGGUUAGCAGUGUGGUUAAGGUUAAAAUCAGGUUUUAUGACUGGCUGUGCCAGCUAGUGACCACUGCAGAGCUGCCUCCAGGACAAUAUUAAUUUCAAUAAAAGUCAACCUGUGCUUUGCUAAGUAAUGAUACUUCUGACCUCAGUGAUGACCACAGUGUACAGUUUAAAUCAAGGAACUGUAUAUAUUCUUAUGAAUAUAGGAGUACUAGAUAUAUUCAUGAAUAUAAGAAGGGAAAAUGUGAAAGUUAACAUUUUGGACUAAGGAAGCACACCCAUGUAAUUAAUGAUUAACAUUGCAUUCAUUUUUAAGUUAACUUUUAUUCAUUUUGAAUGUGAUUGAAGAUAUCCUUUGAAAUUGUAUUUGUCCUGUGCUUAUCAGUGUCUUUGAUUCUUUAGUGUAUUUUCACCUUCAGUAAAUCAAAGGAAAGUAUAUAUUGAAUUAAUUAUGUUUGGACAGUCAUUUUCAUUUGGUCUGCAGAUGCAUUACCAAAAGAAAACCUUGGCAGUCAUAUUGAUGGUUCAGCCAAGGCUGUCAGUUCUACGUAUUUGCAGGGUGUGACGGCUGUGUGACGUGGACCUGUGUAAUCAGUGAGCGUGAGGCCAAAUUCCAGGGCUCCAUAUACAGAUGUAGGAUCUUAAUUUGAUCACCCUGUGCAGGAAAUGCAAACUUAUAGUGUAUUUGAGCUUUACAAAGGCUUCUAAACCUUGCAAUUUCCACUUUGAAAUAGCUGACUUGAUUUGCCCUAACAAAAAAUGUAUCAACCCCUACAAACGUCCUUUAAUUAUAAUCCACAUAAUUCACAUUUCCUGUUGCUGAAGGAUCUGUAGGGUUGAUGACCGAUGGUUUGGCUCAUGUCACUGAUAUUGUGAGCUGCUGAUUUUGGGUUUUGAAAACCAUAUGAUUGUCAUUUUACCACUGCUGCAUUUUGUGGACUUGCUGAUAGUUUAUCAGUCAUUUGCGUCGUUAAUGAUAGGAAACAAUUAAACUGAAUGUAGAAUGUGUCUGGACUGAUACCUAACAGUAUGGUUAGUAGUGUUAAAUAAAUAGCACAUGGUCAGUGAUGUA